UAUGUUCCUCUCGUGAACCACGCCGUUCAAAGGCACCACCCAAGUCACAUGCAUGAGAUUACACAAUUAACCAUGUGGAUGAGGAAACAAUACAAAGAAGCAAUUUGAUUCUUUAAUUCACAGUACAGUGAGAACUGACUUCUAAUAACUAUAGAAACAAAAAAGCAGGAUAAAUAAAACUGGUCUAUUUGGAGAUUAAAUUGAAUUAUACAGCCUGAAACAGUGUCUGCCUCUUUCUACCAUAUAACACACUCAGCUAACAGACCAUAAACAUUACAAGGUGCUACCAGAAUUCACUGCACAUGGCAUUAUUCUCAUCCACACCCCAUGUUCCGAUCAAACAUGACGUCCUCAAACGUUAUUUUGAGCAAACAAGGAUAAUGCCAUAAAGUCAUAAGGUGCUUGUGAAUGAACAUCUGCUCUUGUGUCGAAGUUCCAGACAGCUCAAAUAACAACUAUGGGAAGAGAGAAGGUGUUUGUGAUGAUGUGAUAAGAUCCGUCUUUAUAAACCCCUGUGAUCAGGAGGAAACAGAGGAGACGCUGAGAGGCAAACUGAGACACAAUGCUGCCAAUUCUGCUGCUGCUGCUGCUCAGUCCUGCUUUGGCCUGGAUACCAGUGCAUGAUUGGGAGUCUGGAAAUGUGACUGCAUCAGUGGGUGAGUCCGGUCAGUGCGUCUGUCAUGUGUAUCUGCCAGAAACCAGCUUCCCUGCUGACCGGGUUCAGCACAUGCAGCAAGUCAGCAAGGAUCUGAUCCUGGAGGUGGAAAUUCAAAUGAAUAAGCUCGUCCACUACAGCGGCAAACUUGACAUCUUCUUAGGAGAGCUGUUGGACCUGACGGUGAGAGUGGCCAUGCUGGAGAGCAGUCCCGACAACUACAUCAAACUGGACUUUGAGCUGCUCCGGGUUGAGCUCAGAGAGUUUGAGAUUCUGGUGUCUCAGCUCAAAGACUCCCUCAACUCCUCCUCGCCCAUCUUUGACAGCCUGUACACUGAGAUCCGCAACAUGACCCUCAUCGUGAACCAACUGGAGACGUUCGACCACAGCAACCUGGAGGUGAUCCGCAUUGAGUUCGCCAAGCUGCAGAAGAAGCUGCGGGAGUGCCAGGAGGAGCAGGAGUUCAUCAAGCCAGAUAUCGGCAACUGCAAUCACACAGGGAUCAUGGGGCUCAGCAAGCCAACGGUGGUCCAGGUGAACGCUCAUUUGAAUGCAGGUUUUCAAUAUGGCGGCUGGGGAAAAGACUCCAAACCUGUCAGAGGCUAUGAGUCAAUGUACUUCUACGGUGCCUACAGCAGUCCCUCUGUGCAUGACUUCUAUCUGUACUCCAACUAUGAGAAGCUGAUUCUGAGGUCCUCGUUCAAACACCACGACAUACCGAAUGGGUGGGAAGGCACUGGCAACAAUUACAUAGUUCACAGUAAUACCAUAUAUUACCAGCACAACUCCCCUUUCAGCAUGAGCAAACUGAAUCUGACCAGCUCCAAAUAUGACUACAGAGUGAUCCCGGCCGCCAGUACAAGGUUCUCGUACAGUUAUUCAGACAAUCAGAAUUUGGACUUUGCAGCUGAUGAGAAAGGCUUGUGGGUAAUGUACGCGUCGGAGGAAAGCAAAGGUAAAAUUGUGCUCGCUAAAGUAGAUGAGAAAUCGUUUGGCAUAGAGGAUGAGUGGAACACCGGUGCGUACAAGCAGCUGGCUGGCAACGCCUUCAUGGCCUGCGGGGUCAUGUACGCCACCAGGUCGGUGGAUCUGAACACAGAGGAGAUCUUCUACGCGUUCGACACCAAGACCAACCAGGAGAAACACCUCAACGUCCGCUUCCCCAAGUUCCAGGAGAGAUACACCAACCUGGAUUACAACCCAACCGAUCAGAAGCUCUACAUGUACAACAGCGGCUACUACGUGUCCUACAGUGUGAGGUUCAACAAAGACUGAUCCCUCCUCUUUGUGAUCUACGUAUUGUGAUUGAUACGAUCGAUCUGCAGCUCUAUAAAGCUAUGUACUGUACCACAUAGACUUUUUACUGUCUUUUCCUGAAUAAAAUCAAACUGAAGCAUUCAAAUUGUGUCAACUGUCUUAGCUUUUUAUUUGUAUAUACAAAUAAAAUAUUACCGAUACAUACAAUAAGGGAAGAACAGCACAAUUAAAGAUUAAUCCAGAUAAUCAGAUGAAAAUAUAAACUAAUGAAAGUUAUAUCCAGUGUGUUCAAUCCCCCAAAAAUGGAAAAAAUAUAUAAAUGGUGUUUCGGCACUACUGUAUCUCCAUCAGGUCUAAAAUGGACAAAGACAUAAGGCAAAUACACACUAAUCAAUCUAAUAUAAGUGUGCAUUUGUCAUUGGAUAGUAGGUUGAACAGGCUUCUAAAUCAAAUUGAAUAAUGGACCCAAGGGUGAGGAUUGCCAGAGCUGAUGUCCAUGUGACACACAGACAUAAAUCAUAGCCAGUGGUGGAGGAAGUAUUCAGAUCCUAA